AUGAACAUUCUCACGAAGUCAAGUGUAAUGUUUACAGCAAAUAGCAGCUUCUUUUGUAUCAUCAUUGCUACGUUCGCAAUAUUCAUGAAAUGUGAAUCAACAAGUUGUGAUUCGAGACCUUGCGCUCAUACUAAUGCUACUUGUAUUAAUACAAACAAUGCGUCUGAAUUUUUAUGUAUUUGCCCACCAAAUUGGACGGGAUUGACAUGCGAUAUCGGCAGUUGUCUUCAAAGAGGGAUCUGCAGUACCAAAGAAACUAAUGUACAGCGUCCUUAUACUUGUGAAUGUGAAAAAGGUUAUUUUGGAGAUAUAUGUGAACUAGCCGAUCCUUGCGUUAGUUCUCCAUGUCACUCCACAGCCACUUGUAUUCCAGGAAAAUUUAACAAUGUGACUUGUAAUUGUCCCAUAACAAGAACGGGUACUUUAUGUGAAAUAGCAAUAAAUCCAUGCUCAAGUAGCCCAUGCAUCCACGGCGUAUGUAAAAACAUUGUACCAGACUUUAAGUGCGUUUGUGAUGAUGUUGGAUAUACUGGCAUCUUUUGUGAUUCAGAACUAUACUCGGUGGAUGAUAUUACAGUUUAUCCAAUAAAUCAAACAGUACUUGCAGGGCAGCUCACAAAUGUUACUGCAAAUCUGACUUAUAUAGAAAGAUUCGCUACGACCUCGGACUGGUACUACAAUGGCAAAAGAGUGGCUUAUAACUGUACCACUGAUUUCAAGCAUACCAGUGAAAUAGCCGAUCCAAUCCAGAGUAUUUGUCGUACAUCUGAACAAGGUAGUGGAAUCGACGUUCUGUCAUUCCCAUCGGCAACAUUCGAAUUUACUGGAAGCUACGAAUUUUCUGUUACUCUACGGAUAUAUAAUAAUACGCGUUAUGUUAAGAAGUUCUGGAUACAAGUAGAAGGUGCACCAAAUUCUAUGCGAAUGAUUCCUAAUGGCCAUAGUCCUUAUAUAAUACAGCGGUACAGUAAUUUUAGUUUAUCUUGUAACGCGAAUGGUAUGCCUAGUCCAGAAGUUUACUUAAUGUAUCGUAACUCAAGAGAAAAGCCGAAAAUAAUAUCAGCUGGUAAAAGUCCUCACGGAUUGGUAUUGACAAAGCUACGUUUGCAAAAUACUGGUACUUAUUUUUGUCUAGCGGUAAACAAGCAUGGCAAACUUCGAAAGAAUAUAACAAUCAUCAUCGCAGAUCUCUAUCCAAGAUCGAUCUAUUAUAUAUGGGUUACUGCCGUAAAUGACUUUGGUGAGAGUAACAACAGUAAGAUAGUUUUAAUCAAAACGAAAGGAUUUCCCAAUCAGCCGAAAAUCCGAAACAUUGAUAGUAAUAUGACCAACAUAACUGUCUUCUGGGACGAUGUAUCAUAUAAUGGUGGAUAUAAUCUGUCUGCAAUAACUUAUUAUGCAGAAUGCUACACAACAUCUGAUGUUGUAAUCACUUCAACAUGCAACAGUUGUUACAAAAGUGAUGUUAAAAAGUUUAACAAUACAAAGGCGACAGUCCGCUAUUUAGAAGAACGGACUCUAUAUCAAUGUCGAAUUGCAGCUAUUAAUGUUGUCGGCGUUAUUUACAGCAGUUGGCUGCUUAAAAAAACUAAAGGUUUACCCAUGCCUCCAGAAACUGUAACUGCAGAUGCAGUUACAGAAACAAUACUAUUCGUCCGCUGGUCUAGAGCAAGGUUUGAUGGUGUUUUAUUGCAUUAUUUAGUUCACUACAGAACUAUUAAUUCAAUUCGCUACCUGAAAAAAAUUGUCGAUCAUGGCGGUAUUUCAACAAACUUGACCAAUUUAUCGACUGAUGAGGUGUAUCAAAUAUAUGUCACAACAACGGAUAGUUACGGAAAUAGCAAACCAAGUCCAACGAUUCAUGUAUCGACAAGAAUGCAAAGUCAAUCGACAUCAACACGGACUAUGACUUCGCCUACUACACCCAUAACAGCGAAAUCAAUAACGUCACCUAUAACCAGCAUGCCUGGUAUUCGGCCUUCUAUUAUCGUCCGGGAUAUGCAUAUGCAAAAAUCUAGCAAGAUAAAUUUACAAGAAAAUACUGUUUCAAGCUUAGAAAGUAGAUCUCACUAUCAUAGCGAAGACCAUACUUACGCGCGGGUAAAGAAGUCAAACACUACUCGUACUCUGCCAAUUGAAUAUAAGAGUACCACUAACACGUCUCGAAUUAAGCAUGGAACAAAUAGUACGUCAUCAUUGCGAAUAAAGCCAAACAUUUCAGGACGAGCAGGCACCCAUAUUCCGUUAGAUUCUGAAAAUAAAACUACUAAAAAAACAAUAGUUAAUAAUCCUGGCGAAGGUUUAAACGCUGAACACAAAGAGCUAUACUGUAGCGUUGGUGCAAAAUCUUCGAUUAAAACUCUUGAUACUGUCCAGUCAGCAGUUGAAAACGUGGCAACGCUAGGAGUUACAAUACGGCGAUCGACGAGUAUUAAGGACAAAUACGAACGUAUAAAUCACCUUCGAAACGAGAAAUUGGCUACUCGUCAAUGUCCAGAGAUAGAAACUAAAGCUAAUAAUGAAGACACUUUAGUGCAAAGUAAUCUCAAAUCAAAUUUAAGAGAGAAAAAUUCUUUUAUGGAUCAACCAUCUAUAAUACUAAAAAAUAAAUUAAAAACGAAAUGCGAUACCAAAAACACUAAUGACCCUGUUUAUGCUAUUGUAGUAAAAUCUGCUAUAAAUGAUGAAGUUAAGGAGAAUUUCUCAAAUACUUUACAAUCUGAGAACAAUGGUAGUAUCGCACCUGAUAUCUUACCUGAAACAAGGAUAUCGAAAGAUAUUAUCAAUGAUGAGGAAAACGCAAAGCAGUGUGAUUGCGUUGUUCAAUCCAAAAUGCAGAAAAUCGAAAACUCGGAUUACAGUGAAGAAGAUGGCUAUCUCGAAACUUCGUUGAAGGAUUCAACUGAUAUAGACGGGCAUUAUGCUAUAAUUCCAAUCGACAAAACAAAAUCUGAAACUUCAUCCCCCUUAUCACCUACAGGAUUUCAGAAUAAGAAUAAUAUUCCUGACAUUGUUGCACCCAUAGAUCGCGAAACAUUGAAGAAAGGGUUCAAAAUUGACCUGUUAAAGUUAAAUUCGCCAAAAGCCGCCAAUAACCUUCACCAUGCGACACCAGAUAAUUCUGAAACUACCUUACAAAAAAUUUCCACUCCAUCUUCUCCUCGACUAUCGUCGCCAGACUUACCGAAACGUCGAUGGAGUUCAAGUCGUAGACGUGUUCACAAUAUUUCUCAUGUUAAUGACUGA